AUGGUGAAAACGUAUUCAAGGCAAGGUGUGAGAGUUGAGAAUCCGGAUCAGAAUCAGAAAACGCUUGUGCUAAUUGGUCGAAGUGGUAACGGGAAGAGUGCACUUGGUAAUUGCAUUCUUGGGAGGAAUGCUUUCCCUUCCGAGGCUAGUCCUUGUGGUGUUACCCUUAAUUGUGCGUUGGAGGAAGGUCUGUUGCCAGAUGGUGGGAUGCUCAGAAUUAUCGAUACUCCUGGACAUUUUGGUCACUCGCUCAAGUCUGAUGUAGUCGAUAGCGAAAUUCGCAAAUGCUUUGAAAUGGCGAAAGAUGAGAUCCAUGCCCUGAUUCUUGUACUCUCUGUGAAUAAUCGCUUCACAAAAGCGGAAACUGAAGGAAUUCUAGCUCUAACGUCCAUAUUUGGGUGGAAUAUGUAUGAUUCCCUGGUUGUGGUCUUCACCGGUGGGGAUGAUCUUGAAAGAGACGGUCAAACUCUGGACGACUAUCUAGGGCCUGAUCCCCCUGAAUCUUUGCAGGUCCUUCUCCACUCUUGUGAUAAUCGAUUCAUGGUCUUUGACUGCAAUACCUUAGAUGAGAAUAAGAGAAGUGUUCAGCUCUCGAAGCUUCUGGAACUUGUGGAAAUUGUCACUAAACGGAAUAGUGGAAAACCAUUUGGCCAACUUGCAUUUUCUCCGAUGACUGUAUGUCUCUUUCUCUUUGCACAUAAACUUAAGUCCCUAUGA